AAAAGAAAAAAAAAAAAAAACACGCACUAGUUCACAUGCAGCUCAUCAGACCUAACCACACACACACACACACACACACACACACUGUUAGAAGAAGGUUAGUUUAAAGUAGCAGGAUCUGAGCUUGCAGUCCUGUCUUUUAUUCCUCUCUUAAACCGGAAAAGUCACUUCCUAACGUGUUCGACCGUCUAAGAAAGCAUUUCCUGUGCAAAAGGAAGCGACGACUUGUUGCAAGGCGAUUCAGAGAGGUCAGUUGGAGCGAACGCGCUGAUGGCGUACAAGUCAAACAACUAACAGGUCGGACAACCUCGAAGCCUUUCGGCUGAAAGCAAAUAACAGACUGGAGUGAGUGUGAUAAAGCACUACGUCGGUCUCUCGGUUCCAUUUUCUCUCCGUCAUAACCAACGGCGAGGCUAAAGCUUUAAACAAACGACAGGCUGUCCCCUUCAAUCUUUCUCCUGGACAUUUCCUCACAUGCUCCUGAGGCCCGACUCGACGAGAAUGGCAUCUAAUACGACUGGCUCCAUAACGCCGGCUCUCAAAAAUGAGGUGCUUUCAACACUAUGUUCAGCGACUGGACAUGUGCGUGGAUGUUCAAAUGGUGACCUGGAUUAUCAACUACCAUACAGGUGCGAGCCCAGUUACCGAGGGAGCCGCUGAUGAAAACGGCAGCUACUUCAACGUGAUCAUCGGUGCCGUCAUCGCUGCGGUAGUCCUGGUCUUCAUCUGCCUGCUCUUGGUGCUCUUUCGCUACAUGUACAGACACAAGGGCACCUACCACACUAACGAGGCCAAGGGCAGCGAAUUCGCCGAGACGGCAGACGCGGCACUGCAGGGAGAUCCGGCACUUCAAGACGCCGUGGACGAAAGCAAGAAGGAGUAUUUCAUAUGAGCCUUACUGUAUAUAGACCGAAUACGGAAAGCCAUGCCUUAAAAACUUUCAAACCGAUCUGAUCUCAGCAGGUCACAGGGUUGAGUUCACCUCCCCAAAGCAUAUACAGUCAUUAUAUUAUAUUCAUUAUAAUGGAAUAUACAAAAACUUUGAGAAGACUUUGGGUAAAUAUUUUGCUUAGCAUCUCUCCCAAUGAUGUUAAGCAUUAAGCAAGUGCAGAUCAGAUGGCUGACGAAUUGUGACACAAAUCAAGGUAAAUGAAGGUAAAAGCUGGAAUAUGAAAUGACUAUCAAGUAGCCAAAGAGUUUUUCAGCAACUGACUAUAACACUGUGGACAAAGUGUGCGAUAUCGUUCGACUGCAAAUGAGAUUCAAUCAUUUAAUGUGUUCCGGCUUAUUGCUUGACAAUCAGUGUUUAAAUGGCAAUCAUUAAUUAAUCAGCCAUACAAUAAUUGUAUGUAGUAUUUCUUUGUUUUGUUUUUUAUGUACAUCACCAGGCCAAAUUUUUAAAUGAUUAAAGUGUCUGAGGUUAAACCUCACAAAGGUA